UUUUUUUUUUUAAUCACUAAUUGAAAUAUAAACUAUGAAUACGUCAAAUUCUAAACUUUUACCGAAAACUACGUCGUCAACAAUAAAUAAUGCACAGGUGGAUCUGAAUACAUCUGGUGGUGACGAUGAUUCAAUACCGAAUAAGUCAAUAAAAUCUAGAAUCGAACAACUAAAUCAACAAAAGAUUACUAAUGAAACUACAAACACUAAUCCUGCCAUUAAACUCUAUACUUCUACAACAAGAGAUUCAAAUUCUUCAGAUAAUAGAAUAAAUGAUCAACCACUACAAAAAUUUAAGAAUAGUGUUAAUGUGGUUAGUGUGGUUAAUGCACUAAAUGCUAAAAAAUCUCCACCUCCGAUACCUCCUUCAAGAUCAAAACCUCAUGUAGUUGGAAAUAUUAAACCUAUUAUAUCACCACCAUCUUCAGCGUUAAAGAAUAAUAUUUCACCCACAAUUUCAUAUCUUCCCAAUAGUGCUCCUCUUCAAUAUUCAGUAUCAAAUUAUCGUAACACCCAUGAUAACCCUUUUGAUGAUUCUAAAGUAGCUGUUUCUAAAGAAGCUGAUCCAUUUUCCGAUAUAAAUGAAAUGGAUAAUGAAUCUUCAGUAUCCUCAAGACAUAGGAGACAUAGUCAUUCUCAUGUUACAUCCAGGGGAAUAGGAAAUAAGUUUAUAGAUGAUAAUUCAAUUGAAGUACCUUCAAAAAAAUAUAAUAAUACUUCAAAAGUUUUACAUAAAACUAAUGAAAAUGAUUUAGAGAAUGGGCCACCUUCUUUACCUCCAAGACCACAAAAUAAACCGGCUCUUCCUGAUCGUCCACGAAAACUUGAUCGAAAUAAUGGUAAGCAUAAAAGUAAACGUGAAAAAGAAGCUUCUGGCUCAGAUUCUGAUCAUUCAGAAGACCGUGCUUCGGAUACUCCAGAUGCAACUCGUGUUAAUAGACGUCCACCAAGAUUUCAUGAUAUUAAAGAUAUUAAUAGUAAAGUUACAACACGUAUUUUUGCCAUUGCUGGUAAAUUUAUAAUUACGAGUACAGGUCAUACUCGUGUAUGGUUAUUAGCGGAUGGUACAAAUAUUCGCACAAUUUCUCAUGAUGAUUCUAAGGCGGCAAGUUUAUGUUGGCGUCCAACUCGUCGUGUGGAAGACGUUGGUCGUUAUACUUGGUGUGGAACUCAAGAUGGUCACUUAUUUGCUAUUGAUAUUAAUAAUGAAAAAUAUAUCGAAAUUAAUAAGAAAGCUCAUAGUUCGCAAAUUAGUUUCAUAUUACGUCAUGGACUUCAAUUGUGGACUUUAGAUGAUAGCGGUAAACUACUAAUAUGGCCAGAAGGUGAUGAUGGUGUUGUCUCCCUGAAAUCAAAACCACAAAAUAUAAAAGUUUCAUCAAAAGUAAAUUGUGCUAUUGUAGUUGGAGAACAUUUAUGGUUAUCAUCUGGUAAAGCGGUUGAAAUUUUUAAUCCACUUGAGACACAAGGAUUAGUAUUGGAAAAAAUCGAGUUGGGAAAUGAUGUAGGAAAUGUAAAAUGCAUGACAUAUAUGAAACAAAUUAAACACAUGAAACAAAUGAAUUUUGUUUAUAUUGGCCAUGAUGAUGGAAAAAUAUCUGUGUGGAAUACUAAGACAUAUGAACGGGAAGUUACUGUGAAUGUUGCAGUUUAUUGUAUUAAUUCUUUAUUGAGUGUUGGCGAUUAUCUUUGGGUUGGAUUCAACACUGGUAUGAUAUAUAUAUAUGACGUACAAUCUUAUCCUUGGAUUGUAAUUAAAGAAUGGAAAGCUCAUAAAGCUCCCAUUGUUGGUAUGCAAUUGGAUGAGACAGGUUUAUUGAGAGUUGAAAAAUUACAAGUUGCUAGUUUAAGUGAAGAGGGUCAAAUAAUUACUUGGGAUGGUUUAAUGACAGAGGAUUGGAUAGCUGAUGAAAUGAUUGUUAGGGAACUUGAAUAUUGUGAUUUUAGGAAUGUUAAAGUGCUAAUAUGUUCAUGGAAUAUUGAUGCUUCAAAACCAGCAGAAUUAGAAAGUUGUUCUGAUGGUAUACAAUUCCUUAAAAAAUUGUUCGAAAGUACAAAGUCACCUGACAUUAUAGUAAUUGGAUUUCAAGAAAUUAUUGAUUUGGAAUCGAAAAAGAUGACUGCAAAAACUAUGUUGUUGAGUAAAAAGAAAGCUGAUAAACAGAUGAAUGAAAAUAUAACACUUCGAUAUAAGUUAUGGUAUGACAAAUUAAUUGAAUUUGUUAAAGAAUAUACAAAACAAGAAUAUGAAGUUUUGGUAUCAGAUAAUCUUGUUGGAUUAUUUACAUGUAUUUUUGCGAAAAAAUCUGAAAAAGGGAAAAUAAGAGAUACAGAUGUUGCGAUAAAGAAAACUGGAUUAAAAGGUUUACAUGGUAAUAAAGGUUCAAUAGCAACAAGAUUUAUAUAUGAUGAUUCAUCAAUAUGUUUUGUGAAUUGUCAUUUAGCAGCAGGACAAACUCAAAUAAAAGAAAGAAAUACAGAUGUAGCAAAGAUAUUAGAUAAUACAGUAUUUCCAUCAAGAGAAAUUAAUUCAUGGGAUGAUAAUGAAGGCGUAUUUGCACUUGGAGGAGAUGGAUCAAUGGUAUUAGAUCAUGAUAUAGUAUUUUUUAGUGGUGAUUUAAAUUAUAGAAUAAAUUUACCAAGAGAAGAAGUAUUUGAUGCUAUAGAAGAAAAGAAUUUUUCAUUUUUAUUAGAGCAUGAUCAAUUAUCAAAACAAAUGAAUAAAAAUCCGGGAUUUCGGUUAAGAUCAUUUAAAGAAAGUGUGCCAAAUUUUGCACCAACAUAUAAAUAUGAUCCUGGAACAAAUACUUAUGAUACAUCAGAGAAAAAGAGAACUCCAGCGUGGUGUGAUAGAAUAUUAUAUUUUGGUACUAAUAUUGUAAAACAAGAACAUUAUUCUAGAUAUGAAUGUAAAAUAUCGGAUCAUAGACCUAUUAGUGGAGCUUUUAAAAUAAGAAUAAAAACGAUCAGAAAAAGUCAUCAAGCUGAAGUUAAAGAAGACGUUGAUAGAAUUUGGAAAGAGAAAAUUAAAGAUAAAAAAAGAGAAAUUAUGAUUAAAUGGAUCAAAGGUUGUGGAUGGGAUGAACAAAGUGCUAUUAGAACUCUUGAUGAAAAUUAUGGUGAUUUAAGAAAAACUGUUGAUGAAUUGAAGAGGAAAUGAUUAGAGAAGUUGUAGUUAAAUAUUGAAAAUAUUUAUUUAUUUAAUAGAUUCAUUAUUUAUUUCUAUACAAAUAAAUUAUG